CUCUCUCUCUCCUCGCCGCAGAGCAGCGGGUCGGGCGUAUGGGCAUCUGUGAGUGCGGCGUCGGCCAGGGGCCGUGCUGCGACACGCUAACGUGCGGCCCGUGCCGCCGUGGCUGCGCCUCGUGCACGGACUGCUUGAAGUGCGGCCCGUGCAGCCGCUGUUGCAAAGAGUGCUGCGACAUUCUGACUUGCGGGCCUUGCAAACGCGAUUGCUGCGAUCUCUUCAAGUGCGGGCCCUGCAAACGGGCCUGCUGCCCCAACUGCGACAUCUACGUUUGCUAUAUCGCGUGCAACGACGAGUGCACGGCCUGCUACCUUCCCCUGGGCAAGUGCCUCUGCCCCUGCAUCGAUGGCAAAAAGCCGAAGUGCGUCGGCGGGCCAGUGCCGGUCGAAAUGGAGCGGUGAGGCCGUAGAGGGCGAACCCGCCGCAUCGGCGUGGCCCCAUUCGGCCGCCGUCGUCAAGAGAUGGGUGCCUUGUUCGGAAUCUGGUCUGGGUGUGCUCGUAGUUGUUUUGCUAGGCCGGUGUGCAGCCGCACGCCGCACGCGUGCGCGCGCGCGCGUGCCGCGUAUGGGCGGGCCGCCAUCUCGCCGUGACAAGUCGGCGCGCUUGCCAGGGCCGGGCGGCUCCCUGCCGUAUGGUUGUUCUGUUCGGGCUUUCGUAGCGUGAGACAUGGGCAUACCAUGCGCAGCCUUUUCUCAUAGUGUACUG